GACAACCUGCCCAUCGCCUCUGAAGCGGAGGUUUUAACCUUGAUUGCCAAGUGGAUUGGCAGCCGGCAGCGCAAGCAGGAGGAAGUCACUCGGUUGCUGCGCUCGUUCCGCAAGGGCGACAGUGUGCGGGUCCGCGUCGCAGACAUGGCGGCCCUGAUGGGCGCUCUAGGCUGGGACAUCUUUUCCGACAAG